AAGAAGAAUAAAGAAAGGCAGAUGCUAAUAGAAAGCGCAAAAACAGAAUUAUGGAAACAGAAAUACAAUGUCACCAAAGAUGCCAGCAAGAUGCGGAUGCUCAUUGACAGCAUUAUUUUAAUAGCAGAGCUAACUGUAUUCAUUGUAAUACAUUAUUAUUGCUCAUGGAAAGUCCUGGGAUGUGCUGUUCAAAUGGGAAGAAUUGGUGCACUACGGCCAGAAAAUGGUGUUAAACCUUGUUAUUUACAAAUAUAUAUUUAUGACACACAACAUGAACUACAACAUCGAAUAAAUGCAAUUCCAAACUCUAAUCUAGACUCGACUAUUAUCCAAAAUUUAACAACUAUGUUUGAUGAAAUAAACCUCUAUGUAAUAAAUUUUCGAUACAUUUCUAAACUGCCUGCUAAAAACUUUAGAUGCUUAUCUAUGCUUAUUCAUGCUGAUAUUCUUGGUCUUGAUCAAAGAACUUAUAAUAACCCGACAGCUUCUCAGGAUAAAAAUAGAGAUAUCAUUGAUGAAACUUCUGAUGAUGAUAAUGGAAAUAAUAUAGAAAAUGGAAAUAGUAGCAUAAAACAACGUAGAAAAUUCGAGAGCACAAUGGAAUUCUAUGCAUAUAAGCUUCAAAUUCAACCUAUACAUUCAAAAACUGUUAUUGAUUAUGACUUACCAGAAUUGCUGCCUGAAACUAUUAAUAGAGAAUUACCAAUAAUGCUUAUAGAAGAAUUGUCUUAUAAAGUAAUAUCAAAUGACUUUGCUAAAGCAAAUACAUUAAAUGAAUCUUAG